AUUCAGCUUGCUCAGCGUCCACCCAAACCAUCUCACUCAGUCAUCUCUCGCCUUCCCCUCUCGCAUCCAACUCCACCAUGGAUCCUCCAUCUCGGCCUCUAUAUAAACCCCCUCUUGCCUCCAAGAUUACUCAACGCACGGAGCCAAGCCAAGAACUCACAACAACAUCGCGCAACUCUGUCCCGAACCCUCGUGGUUGUUCUUAGUUGAUCGUAGUGAUGGCGUCGGAGCGGAGGCGGUCGGGGCUGGCGGCGGCGGCGGACGCGGCGUCGUGGUGCUGCGGGCUGGGGCUGGUGACGCUGCUGCUUGUGUCGUCGCUCCGCGCGGAAGAGGGGGGAGAGGGCGGCGGGGCGGUGGUGGUGCGCGGCGCGCGGAUCGCGGCGGCGCCGCGGCGGCCGUGCGACGAGAUAUACGUGGUGGCGGAGGAGGAGACGCUGCACAGCAUCAGCGACAGGUGCGGCGACCCCUACAUCCUGGAGCACAACCCGCACGUCCACGACCCCGACGACGUCUUCCCGGGCCUCGUCAUCAAGAUCACGCCGCGCGCCGCCGAUGACGGCCGCAAGUGAACGCGCUUCCUCUCCGUAAAUUCGGCGAUGUGUGGCGCUCGUAUCCUCCUGGACGGAUGCGGCUCGCGGACAAGAAUUUGUUUCGGGCUGAAAUGGAUCGUUUCUGGUACGAUCGAGAGAGAGAAAAAUGGAUCGUUUCUGGCUGUGAAUAGAAAUAAAAUAUUGCUCGCGGAA